UUUUAUGUACAAAAAUACAGGCACAGUUAACGGAUUUGUAUGCAGUUUAAAAGAUGGAAAAGAUCUUUUGAAAACGGCACUGGAAGGCAACAACUCUAAGCUGACGGUGUCAAGUAUGCUCAGGGCUAAUGAAGACUGGUUGAACGUUUUUCAAUCUAAACACCACCCAGUAGGAACGUUUUUCGACUUUAGAUGCAGCCAACAUAAAAAAAUAUUUCUGGAGAUUUCUCAAGGAUUGAUGCUGAAUGCAUCGAAUAUUAUUUUGAUUUAUGAACCGACUGUUGAAAUCGCUUUCUCUUACUUGGAACACGUUGAUAUCCCUUUUGACAGUGAAGUCGCCGUAUUGGGAAAAGGGAAAAUUUAUGAUUUGUACAAAAUUCAUGUACUCUCCCCACUAAUUAUGAACUCGAUUGGAUUCUGGGACGAAUAUAAAUUAACCAUGAAAGAAAAACUGCCUCGCAACGAUCUCAAAGGCCACAGGAUCAAAGGGUCUAUCGUUCUGACCAAUCUGCAACUAAAAAAAGAGAUAGACGCAGAAAAGCAGAUAUUAAAUUUCACAUUGGAUCCUCAGCUUGAUGUUCUGUCAAGAUUUGGAUUUACAGUGCACAAACAGUUAGAAAAAUUAUACAAUUUUAGAAUAAUAUUUAAUACUACACACGAUUGGGGUUAUUAUCGGAAGACUUUGGGCCAUUUUGACCCAGGAACAAUGUUUAGAGCGAUAGAAUUAGGCGAAGCUGAUCUCGGCCUGUCUUGUUCAAGAAUAUUUUCAGAACGGUUGAGCAUUUCUUUCUUCAUUCCUCCUCUAAAGAAAUUCAGAACAUGUUUCGUUUUCAAACACCCGUCCACGCUUGCCGCUUAUUCCGCGUUCGCAAUGCCUUUUACGAUGGGUUCUUGGGCUUGCACGUUCUGCAUGAUCCUGCUGGCCGGGUUGAUCUUAAGACUGAUUAGGAAUUUUAAAAUCAAGGAUAACCCACCCAACGACGCGAGCUUUUCUGCCAGUAUUCUGCUCAUCAUUGGAACCAUGUGCCAGCAAGGACUUUACGUUGAUUCUCUGAGAUUAUCUACAAGAGUACUUAGCAUAUUCUUGGAAUUAAUGAGCUUACUUAUUUACUCUUUCUACGGAGCAGAGCUGGUCGGUUUUUUAUUAACGCCAUUACCAAAAAACAUAAACAGUAUAGAUAAAUUGAUCGACAGUCCUAUAAAACUGUAUGCUGAAAAUCUGUCUUACCACAGGACACAUUUUACUGGCAACAUUAGUGAAAAGGUGACCAAAGCGUAUGAAAAAGCUUUAAAGGGCCCGACUCCGGACAAAGAUAACUUUAUAAAUUUAACAACUGGAAUUGAAAUGGUACAAAAAGGGGGCACAGCGUUGUACGGGCAGGAAUCGAAUCUUUACACGGUGAUAGAAAAAUCAUUCAGCACUUCGGAGAAAUGCGCACUGUCUGAGAUAGAAAUGCUUCUCUUGUGGACUACGACUGUCAUUAGGAAAAAAUCACCUUUUAGAGAGCUGACUUAUAAAGGUAUAAUGAUUGUACGUGAGAGCGGUAUACUGCUCAGAGAAGACUUAAAGUGGCACCAUCAACGACCGCACUGCCUAGGCAAGGAGGGAAGCGACGCUGUCACAUACGAAGCAACUUUAGUAGCACAAAUUUUAUUCGUAAUAGGAGUGAUGCUUGCUAUUAUUUUUUAUUUAUUCGAAAAACAAAUAGAAAAAAGAAAAAACAAAAACAGAGCACUAGAAAUUUUAGAAUUUCAAUGUAUGUACAUCUAA